CGGAUGUAGGAAAGUAGGCGGAAAUUAUAGUGGCGGCGCGAGGACGAAGAACUAUCGAAUUCAAGCACUUCAUAUUCACCUAGUUAAUUCUACAGAACGGACAGUAUAUACGGAAAAUAAUAGUUUUUGAAAACUUUGUUUACCAAUUGGUAACAGCAACUGAGAUAAUCUAAAGAAGUAAGAUGAAACACAUUAAUCUGUGUAUUCUUAUUCUGUUGGUGUGUUUUAACUUCACAACCUACGCAUGUGUUCGAAACAGUGAUGAUCCGUAUUUACAAAGGAGUGUCCGCAAAACACCGGCCCAAAAAGCUAAAAUCAAAGCGAACAGGGGAGCAAAAACAGCAGCGGCAGCCGCAGCAGAGGCAGAAGCGGCAGCAGAAGCAGCAGCAGCGGAGGCAGAAGAAAUAUCAAUGGAAGCUGCAGAAGAGAUAAUAGCGGAGAUAACAGAAGAUGCAGACGUAGGGAACGAAACAAUUGAGGAGGAAUUCGUAAUGCCACCAAGACAGACAAAAUGCAGAGCCAAAGCGAUCACGCCACUCGAUACGGAACAGAGAAGAACUUUGGAUAAACAUAAAAAGAAGAUUAAAGUUAUGGAGAAUAAUCAUAAGGUGUUGAGAAGGAUGGAUGUUAAGAAGCCAGUGGUAAGGCUAACGAGACAACAAAGAGAGGAAGUGAAGGUCUACCUGACGGGUGCUUUCAUGAAAGCCGAAUCGCUACCGAAUAUUGAGAGCGGGCUAAAUAUAUCGGAUAGCGAGCUUCGAGAAAAACGAAGCUUCGGCCGGGGGGCAAGAGUAUGUGAGCCUGUUUACAGCUGGGACAACGUGUACUUAACUCUCGAUUCAAACGGAACACUCGUUCAAAUUAUUCAGCUAGAGGAAGAUGAAAUGUACCAAUGGUUCAUGGAGGAGACGUGCCAGACACUGAGCAGCAGCGUAGUGAAAGCCAACUGCUUGGAGGCGGAGCGACUUCAUCUUGCUUACGUCAUCAACCUCACAACAGGAGAUAUAGAACAAACCUACGUAGUUGUUUACUGCUGUGUUGGAAUGUCAGUCAUUUAGCGAACACAAUCAGGUUUUACCGAGAAUUUUCACAGCAAAACGUUAAAUUUCUUUAUACUGUUUCACCAAUAAGGAAAACUAUUAAUAGUGUCAUUACAAAUUUGUUUCCGUAACAAUUAUGGUAGCCACAAUAACGCAGGAAACACAUUUUGUGUUAAGCUAACACGACCAAUAAAUCUCCAUAAGUGGCUCAUGGCAUGCGUACGCAAAUACGUGUUUGUGGGACAUGUGCGUAUUCCUGGCUCUUUUUGAUUGGUCAUUCUUUAGGUUUGACACUCGUGGAAGGUCUGUUGUAUAUUUCCUAUAGAAAUUUGUUUCAUUCACAAUAGAAUACAGUACGGUAGUCUUUAAUAAUGACGACUAAUUUUUUUCAUGAUUCCUGUUUUAUGUGUGGAUUGAAUGAUUUGAUUUAUUGAUAUUAAAUAAUUAAUUAAUGACGGAAUCAUUAAUUUAUAGUUGUCUUUAUAUUUAUCUGAAUCUGAAAUAUUAAAAAUAUUGAUUGAAACAUUUAUUUAAUAUGUAAUAAAUUACUGAAUUAAUGCGGACUACUUAUCAGUAAAUAGUUGUUAUGAUUCUUGGAUUUAAGUUAUUGAUUUGUGGAUAAAUCAUUAAAUUAUUAGAGUAACUUGUACUAGGAAAUUGCCAAUUGUAGUUCAUGAUUUUUGUAUGAGAAUCGGUUUAGAUUGAAUGAUUUAAUAUGCAAUUAGUAUAGUUUUAUCCCAUACAGUACAUUAUGGUGCUAUUUUCAUGAAUGAUUGAAUUCUUUAGUCUUAUGACUGUACAUAUUUGUUUACAGCUAUCGAGUUUUCUAUUAAAAUAAGACAUACCUAAAAGCAAUCUAUGGACUACUGUGAGUAUGUGACUAGAUAAACUAUGUCUAGACUGUGUGUGUGUGGGUGUGUGUGAAGUUUUAUUGUGUUCCUUGUGUUACAGAAAUACCUUUAUCAACACAAAUAUUUGUGAAACACGACUCAAAACUUGUAACAAUUUUCAUCGAUUUUAAACAUAUACUAGGUAUAUAUCAAUCUGAGAAGAUUUUGUUAGAUUAAUAGACAUGUAUCUAUGUGGUAUUUCAGUUUUAGAUUAGAUAGGGUGCCAAAUUACUGUACAGUAUUUUGUAGGUAUACCCGUCUGCAUGGGCCACGAUAUGUAUUCUUCUAGUGCUUUAUGAUCAUAUCAGUUUUAUCGAUAGCUAGAUAUGUUAUUAUUGUGGCAUAAGCUAAAUACUAUGAACAAAACCAACCUUUUUUAAAGUUAAUUAAAUUUAAUUAAAAAGAUGUUGACCGAAUUCUAAAGGGAUUAGUGUAGUCGUUUUGCCCUACAUCAGCGAAAUAAGCCUUGUUUUCAUAAAAUUGCUACAAGCUAUCGCCGACAGCUUUGGUGACGCUGAUUGGUCUGUCGAUUCGGGGAGUCUUCUUGAUUGCGUCAG